UGAGUCCUCAGAAAAAGUAUUUACCUUCACCAGUCCUCAAGAAUCUUGAAGUAUCAAAGGUCAUGCAAGAUCCAUCAUCUAAAAUAACCAAAACUCGACUAUUGAUGUAAAAUCUAAUCACAGUCGACUAUGAGAAUAAAAAUUAAAAGAAAUCAGAAAUAAAUUUGAUCUCGAAAAUAAAUAUAACUAUAAAAAUGAAAGUAUUAUGGAGGGGUUGGUACGCAGUUUCCGUCCUGCUCGCCUUGGUUUGCGCACUUCCCUUAAACCAGAAGGAGAAGGCCUACCUCCGAACAAAGUUAUCCAGUUUUGAAUCCCUCGAUGUUGGGGACAUUCCCGAGGAUACCUUCGAUGAGAUUAUUGAGGAUUACGAAACCCUCCGUCCUAACCCAGCUCCCAAGAAUAACAGAUUGGUGGCAAAGCCACUAGCUUUAGAACCCGAUGCCGAAAUGCUACCCGUACACUACAAGGGGCUGAAGCCACCCGGAGUGGAUCACAUGGAGAUGAUCGUUGUGGAUGCAGAUACGCUGGGAUCUCACCACCUCGGCAAAACUGCCUACCGGGCUUCCAAGAUUGAAGAGGGUGGUGACAUUUCCGGGAAGAGGAAGUCUACCGAAGGAAAGGAAACCCAAUUCAAGCGACUCAAACUUGGUCAAAUCGAGAAUUCUCAAAAAAGCAAAAAGGGAGUUCGAAAAAGGAAUGAGAGGAAUUGGUAUGCAGAAGAAGAGAAGAGGAAUAAUCGAUUGGAGAAAGAAGACAAAGGACGAGAAGAAAAUUAUGGAGAGUUUCUAAAUGAUGGUGCUAGAGCUGUUUCUGAUAUAGUGUCCAGUGAUGCGAAUCAGAAUCAGGCCAGAUUAGAUCGUAGAGGAUUCUUAAAUGAUUCUGAGUCGUCAGAAGAAGAUGCGACGAAUAGAGAUAAAAAAAGAAUAUAUUGAAAAAUAAAAGUUCUAAAAUAUUGAAUUAGUUUAUUGUUCGCAUAUUUCUAAAAUUAAGUAUUGGAAUUUUGAA